GGGCGAAGUUUCCAGAUGGAGCUCGAUUGGUGGGUUCUGGAUGACACGCAGGAGCUGUUGCAAAGCACAUGAUCGACAGGCCCAAUCCAUUCUCAGACGCAUCCAUGUAGUAGCCGCCGCCUCGCCUUCGAUCCCCACCCACCCACCAGAGAGGGCGGGUUUACUGUUGCGACAGCGGCCCUUGUCCUCAACCUAGGGUGUGGGAUGCUAGCCCCCAGCUUGACAGAAACUAAACUGGCUUUGUUCCCUUAGUCAGUCGGUACUCCUCGUCAUCGUUUGCAGUGCUUUCCCUCUCUCUUUGUGCAAACAACAACUCCUCUCCAGAGACACGGCCGUGGGUAUUGCUCCUUUCUCACCUAGCCUGCAUCCGCCAAAAGGUUUCGACAGAAGGCCUGGUUCUACUGUUGCCGCGGUCUCGUCUUUGUGGUCGCCCCCGAAAUCUCUUUUGUCUGCCAUCCUUUACGCUUUUCCCAUGAGAACAUGACAAAUCUGGACCCGAUGUCAACGACAUCUGAAAGCAAGCAGCCACCUGCCGAUGGCCAUCACGAAGAGCCAGGGCUGCUUUCAAGUACUAAUGGCGGCAUCAAACACGCGAAAAUCGACUCAGCCCUCGAUCCGAACGCUAUUCGACACUUGUCACCAAGCCCGUUCUCCCAAAAUGGGCGUUUCAGCCCUUUGAGCUUCCGGGAGACCUCACCGUGGCCAGAGACCCGCCAAGCUGCAGCACCACAUGCGAGGUUAUGGAAGCCCAUUCAAAGAUUCUGGAAUGAGAAUGCCGGUCCCAUCAUGGUGGCUCUCGCUCAGCUCUUCGCAGCUUUGAUGAACCUCGCAACCAGAAUUCUCGUCCUUGAUGAGGAUAGGCCGAUGCAUCCCAUGCAGAUAUUGUGUGUUCGCAUGGCGAUCACGCUCAUAGCAUGCCUCGUGUGGAUGAAGUGGCAGAAGACACCAGACGCCCCAUUCGGCCCAAAAGGCCUUCGGCUGGUGCUGGUGGCCCGUGGCUUCUUCGGCUUCUUUGGCAUAUAUGGGAUGUGGUACUCGCUCAGAUAUCUGCCACUUGCGGACGCGACCGUCAUCUCAUUCCUGGCCCCGAAUCUGUCAGGUUACAUGUGCCACGUAAUCCUACAUGAGCCAUACACGCGGACGGAGCAGCUCGCAUCGAUGCUGGCGCUCGGGGGUGUAGUUCUCAUUACUCGACCACUUUCGUUGUUUCCGGGCCUGGGCGGUGAAUCGAGUUCUGGGACUGGUGGCGAAGCCGCCAUCGAGGCAGCCGUCAAUGCUACUUUGUUGCUUAUCAGGGCUGAAGAAGAUCCAGAUAUGGCGGUGACGACUGCUCAGCGUCUCAUUGCCAUUGGGGCAGGGCUGAUCGGCGUCCUGGGAGCCUCAAUCGUCUUCACGAUCUUGCGUUGGAUUGGACAACGAGCGCACCCUUUGCACUCAGUGAACUACUUUUCUGGGGUCGCUACCGUUGUGGCGAUCAUCGCCUUGACCGUUGCCCCGAUGCUCGAUUAUGAUCAGCCCGACUUGCACUUUGCGCUGCCCUCUGGUUUUAAGCAGUGGGGACUCCUGUUAAUGAUUGGGACCUGCGGCUUUUCCCUUCAAUUUCUGUUGAGCGCCGGUCUUGCGCGAGAGAAGAGUAAUCGGGCCACUGCCAUGGUCUACACGCACAUGCUCUAUGCUGCAGCCUUUGACAGGAUAUUCUUCCAGCACACUAUGGGCGCCCUGAGUCUGGCUGGAUGUGGCUGUAUCCUAGGAAGCGCGGUUUGGGUGGCGAUGACCAAGAACCCUGGCACGACUGCGAGUGAACGCGAUAUCGAGCAUGGCAUGGCUCCCGUUGGCGGUGUCGAGACGGUGCCCAUGAUGAGGGACGUGGACGGGAUGGACUUGCAGGAACAACAGACGAGAGGCCGGAGCCGACGAUGAGCAGGAUCAGUGUUAAUCUACUUGAAGGCUUGUAAUGCGAAAAGCUAGGCUCCCUUGUACCCACUGGAUAUGGUGAUGGACGUUGUAUCGAAAGGAUGAUGGAAUACGCCACUGCCAGAAAGUAAUUGUGACCAACACUCUGUGAAGC